GGUGGGGCCAGAAAGCAGGAGAGAGGUGGCUGGCUGACCAAGGGGGCGGGAUCGGAAGCGGUCUCCGAGCGUAGGCCCGCUGUCGCCAUGGAGACCGUAAACCAGCUGCUGGGGGAAUCCGGAGUGGCCCUGCAGUCCAGGACCCUCCUGGAAUCUAUGGAGCCGAUGUCUCAGCGUACGUCCGUGUCACUGUCGGUGCCGGUGUCAACGACUGCGUGGUCCUUGGAACGUCCGAACUCGCCGACCCCAGGCCGGGAUCUGAGCCGGAGCGGGGAUGGCAGCUCCCAGAGCCGGUUCCAAGCCUUCAGUGGCAGCAGGGAGACCACCAGCAGCAGCCCCAGCGCCCCGAUCCCCGGCGUGACCCGCGGCAGCAGCAUCUACGGCGAGACCGGGGAUAUCCGCGAGCUCACCAAGCAGAACUCCCCCGAGCCCCCGCUGCUGCGUCUGCGGCCCACGUCCCUGCAGACUCAGGACAUCUCAUACCUGCUGACGAGCCUCUUCAAGAAUUUGUAUACUCUGGAUGUGAUUGGAGAAGACAUAGGAAGUAACCUCAUUAAAUCCCGGGGUGGAGAAAAUGUCCAACAUGAGAAGUUUGUGGAUGACCUACAGAAGCUUCGAGAUGAUUAUACCCAGAAAUUGGCAGCCGCAGACAUGGUGGAGAAGCACAUCAUUGAGGCUCGAGCUCGGGCCAUGGCGGAGGAUGAAAGGUGCCUGGGUAACAUCAAGGCACAGAGUUUUGCCACUGUCUACUUGCCUCCAGUGAAGUCUGCCUUCAGGUGGUGCGUGGACAGUAAUCUGCUUAGGAAGAAUCAUUUGAUUUGUCCUGAUGACUACAUCCGUGACCCUUUGCCUUUCUCCAAAGGCCCCAAAGCCCGAGAAGACAUUGUCCCAAUGUGCUACAAGAUGACCUUUAGCUUCAAACAGCACGUUCAAGGCACAGAGAAAACUCUGAAUGUUCCAGAGAUAGCUAGGAAGAAGAAGCUUCCAUCCAUCCUUUCUGAUGUGUCCUUGUCUACCCUGACAAAGUCCUCAACACCAGAAGUCAAGACUCCCAAGGUUAUCAAGAAAUGGAACCAGUCCAAGAACAAGAUGUGGAUGAAUCACUUAAGCAUAACCGAGAGGAACCGGGAGCGACAGCUUCUUACCAGAUUUGAGCACCAGCACAACUUCCUCAAGAACCCACGCUUUUACCCGCCCAAUACUAUAAAUGGAGGCCAGUCUCUCAUCUUUCCUCCAAAGAAGAUGGGACCAAUGGGAGAUGAACGGGGCACCAGUGAGAGAAAUUUUGAUGAUGUUCCAGUGUUUCUAGCUAAGCCAGCAGUGGUGUUUUUUACUGAUUAUGUAAUUGGACCAGUUUACGAGGUAAUGCUGGAGCUCCAGAAUAUGACGUCCACCAGCCGCCACCUGAGAGUCCUGCCCCCUUCCACACGGUACUUUAAUGUUGGCUUGGGAAAGUUCCCGAGCAGAGGAGGAAUGGUGGCCCCCGGGAUGGUCUGCCAGUACACGGUUCGCUUUGCUCCCGACAGCCUGGGAGAUUUUGACGAUUUUAUUCUAGUGGAGACUCAGUCGGCCCACACGCUUCUGAUCCCCUUACAAGCCAGGAGACCUCCUCCAGUCCUGACACUGGCUCCGAACUUAAACUGUGGGUACUGCCUCGUUGGGGGCAUCAAAAUGACUGGAUUCCUCUGCAAGAACAUGGGGCUGAGCACGGGCAGGUUCUGUAUCAUGCCGAAGCCGUCCUGGCCGCCUCCCAGUUUCAGGGCGGUCGCCACCGUUGGCUUUGUGGAGUACGCUCCGUUUGGAAUCCUGCCAGCCGUGUUUGAGCUCAUUCCGGGACAGACCCUCUUAAUAGAGGUGCUGUUUCUUCCGACUUCCCUGGAGACUGUGACAAGAUCAUUCAUCAUCGUGUGUGACAACUGUCAGAGCAAAGAAAUCACCAUUUCAGGAACUGGUCAGCUGGUUGGCCUGAAACUUCUCUGUGUGUCUGGUGAAAUGAGCUACCCUGCGCCAGGGGAGAUCACAGACUUGACUUCUCAGCACUUCAUCCAGUUCGAGUCCCAAAAUAUCCAGACCACCACCUCAAAACGCCUCAUCGUAAGAAACAUGACACAUGUGGCCCUGCCUUUUCACUGGCAGAUCGUGCAGCCCAAUUUACUACCCCUGCUGCCAGGGGAGACGUGGACCUCCAAGGACAUCAAGCACCACAUUGACCUGGAGACCGCCUUCUUUGUCACUCCCCAGAAGGGCGUCCUGCAGCCACACAUGGACCACGAGUUCAUCCUGAGCUUCUCUCCCGAACAGCUGAAAGAUUACCACAGCGUGAUCCAGAUUGUGCUGGAGGAGAUCCCGGACCCCGUUUGUCUAGAAAACGAGAAUUUGUGUGAAUUGCCUUGUAUGGUGGAUGACGUCAUUGCCCUGGAAAUCGAGGUGAAAGGCUCCGUGGAGCCCUUCCAGAUUCUCUUGGAGCCUUAUGCCAUCAUCAUUCCUGGAGAGAACUACAUCGGAGUAAAUGUGAAGAAGGACUUCAAGAUGUGGAACAACAGCAAAUCUUCCAUCCACUACACCUGGGGGAAAAUUAGUGACUGUCACAUCAUCGAAGUGGAGCCCCACACUGGAGUCAUAGAGCCUAAUGAAAAAGGUGAAUUUGAGUUGAAUUUUACUGGAGGUGUUCCUGGGCUGACAAGCCAGGAGCUUCCCUGUAAGAUCGAGCGCUCCCCAGUGCCAGUGGUGUUGCACAUUGAGGCUGCCUUCAAGGGGCCAACACUCACCAUCAAUGUCUCAGCCCUGCAGUUUGGUUUGAUUAGACUGGGGAGUAAAGCCAUCACCUUUAUAAACAUUCACAACACAAGCCAGCUCCCAGCAGUGUGGAAGAUUCAAGAGAGCCCAACAUGCCUCGAGGAAAGGAAGGAAAAGGUUUCUCUCUUCAUCUUUGAACCAUCCCAGGGCCAUAUGCUUCCUCUGGGGACAGCCAAAGUAACAAUUAUCUUUGAAGCCAAAUGCUGCCAAAGCCUCCAGACAGUCUUAGAGCUGCAAGUGGAAAAUGGAGAUCCAAGCUACCUGCCAGUCUACGUUGAAGUGCAGAAGCCUUAUGUCUACCUGCUGUCCAGCCAGCUCAUGCUCAGCGACAUAUACUUUGGUGUGUCCACCAAGGCAACCAUCACACUCUUUAAUGGGACACUCCUGCCCACCAAGUUUCUGUGGGGGAAGCUUUUGGGAGCUCUUUCUGCCCUCUGCCUGGUGGAGACCAUCCCUAAAAGUGGCAGCUUGGGCCCCAAUGAGGAGAAACCUAUAACCUUGCAAUUUACAGCUUUCACUCUGGAGGAGCUGACUGACCUGGUCCUCCCGUGUCGCAUAGAAGGGAUGAAGAAAGCUCUUGUUCUGGGCAUUUCGGGGAAGCCCAAGGGGCUGGAUGUGACAUUAUCAAUACCCCUCGCUGAGGGCAGUGUCUGUAGUGGGGAACAGGAGCCAAGCCAUCCUCAGGAACUCCGCUUGGACUUCGGCUCCAACAUUCCAUUGAAAAGUAUGCUGAAGCGGCAGCUGAUCCUCACCAACACUUCAGCAAUAAAAGCAUUAUUUUCCCUGGAAUUUGCCUAUUUUGGGGUCUCUGAAGAAAUCUUGAGCAAAAAACCAAAGCCCCCUAAUGUGCCACCUUCCCUGAGACAUUCAGUAAGGAUAGCCAAGUGCAUUGCCCGGAGAGACUUUCUAGACUCUUUGGAAGCUCUCUUGUCCAAAGGGAAAGGAGCCGCCUUCCUUUGUCACAACUGCCAGGGAACCCUGAAAGCCUUCCAGACGCUGGUCAUUGACAUCACGGCGUGUAGCAACAUGUGGGGAGACUACCACGACGAGCUCAUCUGCAAGGUGGGAGAUCUGCCACCAACCAUCAUCCCAGUCCACAUGGGCGUGGUGGGCUGCCCCAUCAUGUUGUUCAGGACGAGCCACCUAGCUGAUGAACCUCCCCAGGACAAAAUCAUCAGGUUUGGCACUAAGAUCUCUGGAGGAGACACCAUCUCCCGCACUCUCCGCCUGAAUAACUUCAGUCCUUAUGACAUCAGACUAGACUGGGAGGUCUAUAACCCCCAUGAGAGUGAGCACCAUCUCCUGGACUUGUGGAUAUUGUACGGGAAGCCUUUCCCCCUGCGGGAUGCUGACGGGAUAGAAGUGGACUCCAAGUCAGUACCCACAAGCGAAGUGCCCUUCGAGCGCAGCUACAGCCAGUCGUCCAGCUCCUCCGACAGCGAAAAAGUCUUUGAACCGAAGCCCAGAGCCGGCCCAGCCUCUAACCGUGGAUCCGGGCCAGCUUACGGGGAGGAGGGGGUGGAGAGCGGGGCCCUGGGCCUGUGCACCCCGUGUCACCCCAGCCGCCUUGGUCGCAGGGGCCCUCCGGCUCUGCUGCUGGCCUCAGAGUUGGCACACUGCUCUAUUUUAAAGCCAAAGAUCAGCGUUUCGGAGAGCGUAGAAGAGCCUAUCCCGCUCACGGCCGAGGGGCACCCCAAGAUCAUCACGGUGAUUCUGAAGCCCCACGAUGGCAUCCGCUCCAACUUCCCCUACACCAUCUCUCCCAAGCAGCUGCCGGGUGAUAGCUGUCCGUGCCCCGAUGACGAGGGCCAGGACGCUCCCCCGGGCCCCGCCGGUCAGGCAGUCCGUGGCUGGGGCUCGCGUCUCUGGCCCUUUUCAGUGGCCGGGCAGGGCCUCACCAAGCGUCCCUGGCACACGAGCCCUCCCGUGAGACGCCCCCCUCUGCGGCAGAUCAUCCCGGCUGCUGGCAGCAAGAUGAUCUCGGUCUCGUUCACGCCCGUGGCCCUGCCCGGCGCCGCCAGGAAGGUGGCGUGCAACAGCUACGCCCUGGGCUUCAUGAGCCUGGACAGCAAGAUGGCUCGCGAGAUCCCUGGAAAGGUGACGCGCCAGCAGAACUUUGAUGCUCAGCAGUUCCGGCUGGACCUGCAGGGCUUCGUCCGGCCAACUCGGUUGAGCAUUGAGCAGGAUUACGAUGGCGGGAUGGUCUUCAACCUGCAGGGCAGUGACCUCAUCCCGGACAAUCCCCUCACGGGGGUGCUCACGGAGGUGGUGGCCACUCACGUCCUGAAGGUCAACAAUUUUACGGACGUGGCCCAUUACUUCAGGCUCUUGGUAGCCUCGCCGUUCUCCGUGACCGGGAUCAACCCUGAAGAGAACCGGCAAACCUGGAACCAGGAGGACGAGGAAGAGGACGAGGAGACGGGAGAUCAGUUUGUGCUUUCCCCGCAGCAGAACAUGCUGGUCUCAUCCUCCUCAGAGGGCUCUGCCCAGGGCCUCUUCGCUUCUCCUCCUCUUGCCCUUGCAUCUCUGACUGGCGGCAACCUGGGGUCGUGCCGGUCAGCUCAGCAGUGUCUGUGGUUCUGUGAGAGCUGGCCAUGGGGCUGUUCAAGGAGAACCCGAGAGACGUGUCAGAGGGGCCUCGGCGUCUCCCCUGGGCCUUCGGAGCCCUCCGUGCCCGCCUCCUCUGCGGCCUCCCUGUGGCCCCCUCCCUUAUCCCCUAGGCCAGCACCUUCCGUGGGCUCCUUGGGGGCACGGGCUCGGUUGCCUCUUUUCUUUGUGAACUCUGCCCUUGGCACAGGGCACCUCAUGGCCCAGUCAGGGCCCAGUCAGGGCAGAGUAGGUCUCCCCAGAUGCCCAGCACCCAGGCCGGGGCCAACCCCUCCACAGGGAGGUGGCGAGUCCACGGGGCCCACAGUCACAGGGACGGGGAGGGAGGCUGACAGCACGUCCCACAUCCCACAGAUCGAUGUGUCGUUCACGCUGUCCCUGGAGUUGCUGACAUACCAGAAGCUGCCGUCUGACCAGAUGCUGCCGGGUGUGAAGAUCAUUCAGGACGAGGACGGCAGCAAGAGAAUGGAGUUCAGCCAGAACCUGGUCUUCGAGUACAGCAAUAAGACCACCCAGGUAGUGCCCCUGCUGGCCAAUGUGACCAUUCCGGCCCUGCAGCUCUCCACCAGCUGGGUGGACUUUGGCAUCUGUUUUGUGAACGACACGAGCAGCCUGGAGGUGAACCUGCUGAACCUGAGCCCCUGUAAAAGCCACUGGAUCGCCAUGAUAGACAAACUGGAGCGGCACAAGGGCGUCUUCCAAGUCUUCCCGACCAGCGGAGUCGUGGAGGCGCGCCAAGUCAACGGCCCCCCGGCCUCCACAAGCCUCUUUAUCCAUUUCACUGCCAGGAACAGCGGCAAGUUUGAGGCCAUCGUGUCGGUGGACGGCAUCCUGGGCGAGUCCUGCAUCUUGCACGUGUGCGGCCAGGGCUCCUACGACGAGAGAUACUAGAGGCCGGCCGAGAGCCUGGCCGGCCUGGCGCCUCCGGCCGUCCUUAAUAAAUGCAGAG